AUGACGCCGCCACCACCGCCUCCUCCACCGCCUGUCAGUCAGUUCCAUCAUCAUCAGAUGCCGACCACACCUCACUAUUGUCAGGACUGUCUGUCCUCGCCUUCGCCACCGCCCACAAUCAUCACAGAGCAGGCCCAAGUGCAUGCCAUGCCGGGAUUGACCACCCCACAGCCGCACAUCGAGCACUGCUCCUGUGGACUGAGUUUCUCGGUGGUGCACGAUCAGCAGGAGCAGCUUGCUCCCAGGCUGCUCUCCUCGAGGUUCUCCACCCUGGAGCGGCAGUCCGAUGGCUUUCAGGUGGAACGGGUUUCCGGCUGCCAGCAUCAUCACCACCAGCUAAGCCCCAUCUACCAUGUCCCCCAAGGCAGCCAGGAUGCACAUGCUCAGACGGAUUUCUCCUACGCGCAGCGCUGAAAGAUAUAUCUAUAUAGUCCAAGUGAGGGCGCCGUUGCGACCCACAGAGAGUGAGAUUGAAUUUCGCUUAGUUAUUUAACCUUAUUGUUUACCUAUGUUAUUAGAAAUGCUCCAUAGAACCCCCACUCUCUUUUACUCUAAUUAUUUUUGGUGCCAAAUUUUUGCUGCAAGUCCAAAGCGCAAUAUAAACAAAUGUUGUAAUGAUAGGUUGCUAUACAAUUUUAUAAGUUUUAAAUAUUAAUUUUAUAUUUUAUAUUUACAUUUAUAUUUAUACGGGGAAUUGUCGCUAAAGUUACUAAGAAGAAUAUUUAUUUAAGAGAAUAAAGAUGAAUACAUUUUUAUAAAGAACGAGAAUAUCAAAUACUAAAACCAAAAUACAGAACUCUAAUCAAAAACGAACUACGCAAAUUAUAUACACUGAAAACCAAGCAGGACACCGACAAAAUGUGCAAUGCAGUUUUUACUUUAACAAAACGAACAUAGCCCUAUACACAAAAAUUGACAUAUAUACACAUGAGUACGACAUAUAUAUAUGCGAAAAGCAAUUAGGAAUUUUAAAGUGCUACUAGCUUCAUAACGAAUCAAAUAAGUUUUCCAUUUUUGUAAAUUUUUUAAAAUAAACAUAUUUAUAUAGAGUCUUCAUACAUGUAUGUAUCUGAAUACACUUUGAAACGCGCAUCAAUCAAAAGCGUUAAACUCGUAUUUAAAAACUGAAAACUAAUCAUAAAAUACAACUAGUCAACAAGUCGAAUAAACAUUGAUAAUUACGAAAGGAAAUUAUGAAACAUAUUGUCUAUAAAAAUGCAUGGCGAGAAUAUAAGAAUUUACUAAAGAAUUUAAUAAAGUAUAAAAACAUAAAAUUA